GCCGGCGCGAGCGGGGGUCGCAUGUCUGAUCGAGCGCCGGAUGGACAACUCGCACGCGUCUCCACCGACCCAUACGACGGGCGACGGUACUGGUAUCUCGGCGCGGAUCGCUUCGAAAACGUGGAUGCCGCGUUCCCCGAGUUCGGCGCGUUCUUUGCUGUGAUGAUCUUCUGCGAAGCGGGGAAGAAGGACUACCGCGCGAUCUCUGAUCUCGCGGCCCGCCUCACGCGACGCGGCGCGUCGACCGUUCACUGCUGGGGGCCGGGGUGCGAGCAGGUGCACGAUCUAUUCGACGAUGUCUAUGUCGUCGACGAGAUCGGUGUUCUCGAGCAGGACGGCAUCGAACGGCCGCGGAGUUAUGUGUUUCUUCAGCACACGUACUGGCACACCGAGCGGUCGCUCAGGGAAGCGUCGAACUGGUUUCUUGAGCUGACCAGACCGUGGGAAGCCGCUGACCACACACACAGCGAGUCCCCCGAGUGGCAUUGUCUCGACUGGCUCGUGAUCGUCGUCGGCGAUCACGACGAGUGGAAGGACGAGGUGUGGGGCUACCUGCUCGAUCCCGAGAGCACCGAGGAGGAGCCGACGCCCGAUGAAAUCCAGAGACGACGGCAGAUCCUGAAACACGCCGAAUGGCUCGAACGUCGGGAAUCGUCCCCGGAUGCGCUCGUCGCGCCGGAUCGCGCGCCGGACAAUCAGCUGACGCUCGUCCCGAACGCGUUUUCCGACACGUCCCGGUACUGGUACCUCGCGGCCGACCAGCUCGAUGACGUCGACGCCCUGCUCGAAGGGCUGGGAUCGCCGUUCAUCCUUUUCCUCGCCUGCGAAACGGAAGAGAUGGACUUCGACACUCUCAAAGCCCAGAUCACUCCGGUCCUGCGCCGCGGCUGCUCGUCUGUGUGCUGCUGGGGCCCGUCGUGCCAGCGGAACGAGACCGCGUUCGACUUCGCGUCGAUUGAAUUGGAUGAAGCUGGCACCGAACACCCCGACAAAGUUCUGAUGACGACGGCCCACGCAGACGAUUCGCUCGCCGACGCGUUCUGGUUCUUCCACAUGUGCACUCGGCCGCUUGAGGCGGAUCGGCUGGUCGUCAUCGUCGGGGAUCACGACGACUGGAAGGACGAGAUCUGGGGCUACCUCGCGGAUCCCCGGUCCUCGUUCGCCGAUGAGGACGCGCCCGAGGCGGCCCCCGAGCCCACCACACUCGAAACCAUCCGCGCCGAGGCCGAUGCAUACGCCGAGCACUGCGAGACGCCGCUCGCGCGUGAUUUCCUCGCGUCGGCGCAGGACCUGCCCGCGAUCACCGAGCCGCGUGUGGUGUUCUACAACCGCGAGGCCGGGGCGGCGAUGACGGCGGAGGAGUACGAGCGGGCGAGCGAAGCCGAGCGGGAGGGGUUCGAGCGGACGGAAGUGGGGGAGCGGUACUACUACCUCACGCGGUUCGGCACGCCGGUUGCCUACGCGCGCGGGCUCGAGAUCGUCUCGCCGUUCCUGGAUGGCUCGGUGGACGGCAAGCGCGUGUUCGAUUUCGGCCACGGCGGGAUCGGCCAGCUCCGCAUGCUCGCCUCACUCGGGGCGGACGUUGUCGGAUGCGACAUCAGCACGCUCAACGGCGCGGUGUACGCGGGCGACCUGGGCGAGGUCGGGCGCGCGGAGAUUGCGGGCGAGGGGGAGAACGGGAGCGUCGACCUGCUCGUCGGGCGCUUUCCCGCGGAGAAAGACAUCAUCGAGCGCGCGGGCGCGGGGUACGACCUCGUGAUGAGCAAGAACACGCUCAAGCUGGGGUACAUCCACCCCGAGCGCGAGGCGGACCCGCGCACGGUCAUCGACCUCGGCGCGACGGACGAGGAGUUCCUCGAUGCCGUGCACGCGAUGCUCAACGAGGGCGGCGUCUUCCUGAUCUACAACCUGUACCCCAAGCCCAGCGCGCCGGACGAGCCGUACCGCACCUGGGCCGACGGUCGGUGCCCCUUCGCGCGCGAGCUGUGCGAGGCGCAGGGGUUCGACGUGCUGAUCUACAACCGCGACGAUACCGACGCCGCGCACGCCAUGGGCAAGUCGUUCGGGUGGGAGGACACAUACGACUUCGAGACCGACCUGUUCGGCAUGGUGACGGUGCUGCGCAAGCGACGCGCGAUCCGAUUGACCCCGCCCUUUUCAGAAAUAGACUCAUUUCAAUCUUCCGCGCACGGCGAGAAGGGUCGCGGGUCGGAGUCGUCCGCGGCAUUGGGAUGGUCGCGGUGCGCGCUCGGCGCGUCCGCGGUCCUCUUCCUGGCCGGCGCCCCCGCCUCGGCGGACACGGUCAUCGACUGGAACCUGAUGCUGCGUGACGCGACGCGCGCGCAGACCGGCGUCGCCGCGGCCCCCGGGCCGGUGGCGCGGGCGGGCGCAAUGCUGCACGCGGCGAUCUUCGACGCGGUGAACGCGGUCGACCGCACGCACACCUCGGCGAUGGUGGACAUCAAGGCGGCGCCGGGGACGGACAAGUUCGCGGCCGCCGCGGCGGCGGGGCACGCGACGCUCUCGACGCUCUACGGCUCGAACGCGGGGCUACAGGCGCAGUUCGACGCGAUGUUCGCGUCGCAGAUGGCAUCGAUCCCGGCCGGACCGGGCCGCGACGCGGGCGUGGCGCUGGGCCAGUCGAUCGCGUCGUCCGUGAUCAGCGGUCGCGCCGGCGACGGGCACGACGCGCCGUUCAGCUACACCGAGAGCCCCGCGCCGGGCCAGUGGCGCUCCAACUACGCCCCCGGGGCGCCCGCGUGGGGGCCGCAGUGGGGCGACGUGACGCCCUGGGUGCUGAACUCGGGCGACCAGUUCCGCCCCGGGCCGCCGCCCUCGCUGACGAGCCAGGAGUACACGGACGCGUGGAACGAGGUCUACCACAAGGGCCGCGCCACCGGCUCGACGCGCACCGCGGACGAGACCGAAGUCGCGUGGUUCUGGGGCAACGACCGCGACGGCACCAUGAAGCCGCCGGGGCACGUGAACCGCAUCGCGGAGAUCGUCGCGAACGACCGCCUCGCGGGCCUGAGCGAAAGCGAGCGCCUGAGCCAGUCGGCCCGGCUCUUCGCGCUGGUGAACGUCGGCAUGCUCGACGCCUCCGUCGCGGCAUGGGACAGCAAGUACAACACCGACAACGAUUUCUGGCGCCCGAUCGCCGGCAUCCGCGAGGCGGACACUGACGGCAACAUCAACACCAUCUCCGACCCGACGUGGGAGCCGCUGAGCCACAUCGGCGUCGGCGGCGACCCGUUCUCCCCGCCCUUCCCGGCGUACGUCUCGGGCCACGCGACCUUCGCCGCGGUCGGCUCGUCGCUCAUCGCGCAGUUCUUCGGGACGGACGAGAUCUCGUUCGUCCUGGACACGGACGACGUCGACGCCAACGGGGCGGUGCGCAGCUUCGACCGCUUGAGCGACGCCGCGUGGGAAAACGCGCUGAGCCGCGUCUUCCUGGGCGUGCACUGGCGCUUCGACGCGGUGGCCGGCAACGAGCUCGGCUACGACGUCGGCGAGUACUUCUUCGAGAACUUCCUCGUCGAGAUUCCCGCCCCGGGCGUCCCGUUCGCGUUCGCCGCGAUCGGCGCGUUCGGGUUCACUCGACGCAGGAGAGGCUGA